GUGAGGCGAGGGUACCGUGCGGCUCUGCAUUGCAUUAGUGCUGGGAAGUUCACACAGCUGUUCUCGCUGUCAUAUUGCGCUGAUUAGAGACGCGGGAAAACCUCAGAGAGCAUGAGACCCUUCCGAGUGGAUUCUGCGUCCGAUUCAGCCUCGUGUCGGAGCGAAAUAUAAACAUGCUUCGCUGUUCUUCUGCUGCAAGGUGACGCAGCGCCGCGUAUCAGGUGGAGUGACGACAACUGCGGCACCAGAGCGAGUCCGACCGACCGAGCGGCGGAUAACGGUCCUCUCAGAGGAAACCCGGGCGCGGCGCUGAUAUGUGUCACCGUUAACGAUGACAACGAGGCGAAAGUCCAGCAAACUGCAGCUUCGGCGGUCAAUCAGCGAGCAGCUGCGCGACUCCACCUCGAAAGCCUGGGAUUUACUAUGGAGAAACAUACGAGAGAAGAGACUGGCAGAAAUCGAGGCAAAGGAGGCAUGUGACUGGCUGAGGGCGGCGGGAUUCCCACAGUAUGCCCAACUUUAUGAGGAUUCCCAGUUUCCCAUUGAAAUAUCUGCCGUCAAGAGGGACCAUGACUUUCUCGACAAAGACCUUGUGGAGCCUCUUUGCCGUCGACUCAACACUCUGAACAAGUGUGCCUCCAUGAAACUGGACGUGAGCCUCCCCAAGAAGAAAAGUGAGGACUCUGAUGAGGAGGACCUGUUGGCCAUCAGUAAUAGAUGGACGUUUGAGUGGAACAGUCGGCGCUGGUCACGUCUGCAAGACAUCGAUUACCUACUGGGUAGAGCUGAGGAGCGGAGCCCCUCUGAGGUGGGUGAGGGUCUCCGGACCACUGUGAGCAGCGAGAGCUUUCUGACAGACCUCAGCGAGCCAGAGAUCUGCUCCCUGCACAGUGAAGACUCUUUGGCUGCCAUGCCUGACUCUGCCUCGCUCACCCCACUGCACUUGCCCAGAGAGCUGCCUCAUUACGGUUCACUACCCGCCAAGAGCAGGCGACGUGGACGCACACGCGCCAAAGACUUCCUGAGGAGGAUGGAAACACUGGGUCGGACGUGGGGGCCAUCGAUGGAUUGCUCUGAGCGGCGCUCUUUGGUUAUUAGCGGCCCAGUUCUGCAAAGCGAGCCAGAGGCACUAAAGACUCUACGAUGUGUUCAGAUUUUCAACAGCGGGCCUCUAAAUGCUGAAAACAUGCCACCAGCUAACAACUGCCCAAAUUCGCUGGCCAGCAGUGAGGCUAGCAGCCAAUCUGAGACCAGCGGUAGUGCCGAAAGCACACCGAAUAUGAAGGGACGUGUCUCAAAGUUGUAUCCUCCUGGUAAACGUGCAGUCGUCUACCUAGAAGACAUCGAUGUUCUCACCGGCGCUCCCCAGAGGACGAGACCGGUCGAACGGAGCCGCAAAAAUGACUUCCGCUCCUAUGACGAGCUAUUGGUGCACAUCCCAAAAGAUCACAAACCUGGUACCUUCCCUAAAGCGCUGUCAAUCGAGAGUCUGACGCCAGCCAGUAAGGAACACGGAAACUGGAAGGUUCUGGAUUCAGAGCCGCAGCCAUUCAAGUGCAGGAAAGUUGGCGGGAGGGAACUCCGGCCUGCGACACGCUGCUGCCCGCGAGGCAGCAGGAUCAGUGUGUACGAUAACGUACCUGGCUCACACCUCUACGCGAGCGCGGGGGACAUAUUGGACCUUGAGAAGGAGGAUAUAUUCCCACAUUUGGAUGACAUUCUGCAGCAUGUGAAUGGCCUGCAGCAGAUCGUGGACCACUGGUCCAAAAACGUCUUGCCGGAGAGUGAAGGGGAGGGGGAUGGAGGCAGGGGGCGGGAGCAGAAGAUUAUUGACGGCCAGUCUUCCAGUCAAAUCACACUGGACUUUGAGGGGACUUCUGUAAUCAAAGGGUUGACCACACCGAGCGACGGCAACAAGGAUGGGCUUUCGUUAAAUGAAACAGACACCUACAGCACCAGCGAGAGGAGGGACUCAGGGGUGGGGGCUUCCCUGACACGACCACGCCUUAGAUGGCCCAGCUUCAGGAUGUCAAACCUCCUCGGCCAAUCAGGAAUCUCGCUACAGAUAUCCAGCCAAUCAGUGGGCCAGCUUAGCUUGCUGCAGAAGUUUUCUUUAUUGCGUCUCACUGCUAUUAUGGAGAAAUACUCCAUGUCCAACAAGCAUGGGUGGACUUGGUCAGUGCCAAAAUUUAUGAAGAGAAUGAAGGGACCAGACUACAAGGAAAAGAUGGUAUUCGGUGUUCCUCUGAUUGUCCAUGUUCAGCGGUACGGACACCCUCUGCCCAUAAGCUUACAGCUCGCCCUGCGCUUUUUAAGGAGCCAGUGUUUGGACCAGGUGGGACUUUUCCGUAAAUCCGGUGUAAAGUCUCGUAUUCAGGCUCUGCGGCAAAUGUGUGAUACCUCUCCACAAAAUGUGAACUACGAGGAUCAGUCAGCGUAUGAUGUGGCAGACAUGGUCAAACAGUUCUUCAGAGACUUGCCUGAGCCUCUCCUCACGAGCAAAAUGGGCGAGACCAUCCUCCACAUAUACCAGUAUGUCCCUAAAGAACAACGCUUACAGGCGGUGCAGGCAGCUAUCAUGUUAAUGGCCGAUGAAAACCGUGAGGUCUUGCAGACGCUGCUGUGCUUCCUAAAUGAUGUCACUUCCUCUGUUGAGGAGAACCAGAUGACUCCAAUGAACCUGGCGGUGUGCCUCGCUCCUUCUCUCUUCCACCUCAACAUCAUGAAGAAUGAUAACCUGUCACCUAGGUCUAUUCAGAGGAAGUAUGCCACUGGGCGGCCAGACCAAAAGGACCUGAAUGAGAACCUUGCGGCCACUCAGGGGCUCGCGCACAUGAUUGCUGAGUGCAAUCACCUAUUCGAGAUUCCUCAGGAGAUGGUCUCUCAGUCCAGGAACUCAUACAUGGAAGCUGAGCUGCUGGCACCCUCUUUAGACGAGCUCUGUAAAAAACAGCCGCAACAGGACGAGGAAGAUGGAGAAGAGGAGGAAAGCACGUGUCGCUCUUAUCUGGAGAGCUUGAUACAGAAUCUGAUGAAAGAGACCAAAGACAAGACCAAGGGAUGGGUGACCAGAUCAAAUGUUGACAAUACAGAGAUAUCAUUAAAAAAGGUGGGAGACGGGACCCCGUUGAGACGCUGGCGUGUGUCUGUAGAGGUGGAGGCUCCUCCAUCUGUGGUGCUAAACCGCAUACUGCGAGAGCGCCACCUGUGGGACAGUAACCUGCUACAGUGGAAGGUUCUAGAAACUCUGGACAAGCAGACAGAGGUGUACCAGUAUGAGCUGAACAGCAUGGCCCCUCACCCCAACAGAGACUUUGUGGUGCUCAGGACGUGGAGGACAGAAAUGCCAAAAGGUGCGUGUGUGCUGGUAUCGGUGUCGAUCGAUCAUGAGGAAAGCCCACAGCUGGCCGGAGUGAGAGGAAUAAUUCUGGAAUCCCAGUAUCUGCUUGAACCGUGUGGCUCUGGGAAGUCCAGACUCACACAUAUAUGCAGAGCUGAUCUGAAAGGAAAGUCUCCAGAGUGGUACAACAAAGCUUUCGGCCAUCUCUGUGCUAGCAAAGCCGCCCGCAUCCGCAACUCCUUCCUGUCUCUGGAUCCCGAGGGCCCAGAGACCAAAAUCUGAACAUGGCUACACGGAGUCAGGCAUGAGGGAACUGGGAUGUAGUUCUACGUCAGGUCAAAUGGUCACAGAAAACGAACUUUGGCGAGGAAAAGGAGGGAUUCAAGAGAGAAGAAAAGAGCAAAUGGAACAUUUUUAGUUUAUUUUUUAUUUUUCUAGCCCCUAAACAACAACAAACUGCCAUGUCCUGUUGGUUUAAUAGACCGUGGAUCAUUGGGAUUCAUAUUUGAGUGUUUUACCCCUUAUAGGGCAUUUGAUUUAGUCCGUUCAUUUCAUAUAAAUUUAUGCAGCUGUUCAAAACUGCCACGUUUGAAAUGGCUUUUGUUGUGUGUUUUGGGGCAUAUGAUGAGAGAUGAGAAAAGAUGGACAGAGAAAGUGACAGAGACAGACUCCACCGUAGCUAUGAAGCCAUGCCUGUAAAAAAGUCGUAACGCUGCUUCCUGUUGUCCAGUCUUUACUGCAGCAGACAGCUUUAACUAGCACUUUUAGAGCUUCGCUUGCAACAAACAGAUGUGAAUGACAAGCCACCUCACGCUAAUCAAAAAACAGCAGGUCUGGUUUCGUUUUAUCAAGCACUUCAAGCUAAAGUACUGCAUUCUCAAACCAAAUAUAGGUACGUUAUUGUCUAAACAUUAUUUAAAACUCUGUAUUUAGGUGUUUUUUCCUCAUUUGAAUGAAGCUGGUGUUACAGUGACUGUAUUUUUAAACUAAGGUUGUACCCUGGUGAUGUAUUGAUGUGAAGUAUUUACAAGUGCAUAUUAUUUCUAAAUUCUGUUUUAAGAAAUGUUUUAUCAUUACAAUAUUCCUUUUUUUUCAUUGUCCCAGGUAAGCAAUAAUGUAUUAUCAUGAUAAAUGGUACAGUAUUGUGCUCUUUUAAUAAUGCAAAAUUAAUUAGUUAAGAUUAAAAAUCAAACAAUAUUGUAAAUAAUUUAGAAAAUGCCAAUGAUUGUUGCAAGUAUGCGUUAUUAUUAUUAUUAUUAAUUAUUAUUAUUGUCAUUGUUAUAUGUGUACUGUCACACUCUACAAUGUCUAGGACAUGAAUUCAUUUCACUGCUUCUGGGAAGCAUGUCUAUUCUAUUCACAAAGCUGUACAUUUACGUGUGUUUGUGUGUAAAUGUGUAGAUACAAUUCAGGUUGUAUAUUUUGUACAUAAAUGAGGCUUAUUGGCAGGUUUAUCUGCUUUUAUGCUCAGUUGUUUUGUUUUCCCCCCCUCAUAUCAGUCUUUUGCUUGAAUUAUCAUUGCAAGCUGGUUAAAUCAGCUAGCUUGUUCAGUGCUGUUUAGAUGGGAACAGUGUAUUUGGGUUUGAUUUGAGCUCAGUGGCCGGAGAAGGAGAAAUGUCUGUUUUUGAACAGUAAACAGGGUGAUUCAAGUUCCAAUCAUUUGGAAAUGUGGAAAAUAAAAACUCAAUGCAGU